AGAAUGACAGCAGCUUGUUGAUUUGCUUUUUGGUUUACAGUUUUUUGGACGCGUACGACUGCGGUCGUGCAAAUUUUCUAAUAAAUUGUUUUUUAUUUUUAACUAUUUCUUUGUGUUAACCCGAAAAAUAUUCGGUCAAUCUUGUUGUGCAUUUACCUCUGAUGGGAGACGUGAUUAAAUCCCUUCGCGAGAAGUCGCAGAAACGCAAAAAGUUACUAGCACAAACACUUGGAGUUUCUAGCGUUGAAGACUUGAAACAUGUCCUCGGAACAGCUGAAGAUGCCCCGAUUAACAAAUCUCAACGGUAUGACGAUGAGGAACCGAGCUCCUCGAAAAAAUCGCAAUCCGAAGGAAUGGUUUACCGUGACUCUUCUACUUUUCUAAAGGGAACACAAUCUUCAAACCCACACAACGAUUACUGCCAACAUUUCGUGGACACCGGCCAGAGGCCGCAGAACUUCAUCCGUGACGUGGGACUUGCGGAUCGCUUCGAGGAGUACCCAAAACUGCGUGAGCUAAUUCGCUUGAAGGACGAGCUGAUUUCGGAAACGGCUUCACCUCCGAUGUACCUACGAGCGGAUCUCAAAAGUUUCGAUCUUAAAACGUUAGGUACGAAAUUUGACGUUAUUUUAAUUGAACCUCCCUUGGAGGAAUAUGCUCGAGGAGGAGCUGCUGUGGCCGCAGGCGCACCGCGUAAUUUCUGGUCUUGGGACGAGAUUCUGGCGCUGGAUAUUGGAGAGGUCGCCGCGCAUCGUAGCUUUGUUUUCCUCUGGUGUGGCAGCUCCGAAGGAUUGGAUAUGGGGCGUAAUUGUUUGAGAAAAUGGGGUUUUCGGCGCUGCGAGGAUAUUUGUUGGAUUCGAACCAAUAUCGAUUCUCCUGGACAUUCGAAAAUACUCGAGCCUAAAGCGGUGUUUCAGCGCACUAAAGAGCACUGCUUGAUGGGUAUAAAGGGCACUGUUCGGCGGUCAACCGACGGAGACUUCAUCCACGCCAAUGUGGAUAUUGAUUUGAUCAUUUCCGAAGAAGCUGAUUUUGGAAGUCUCGAAAAACCUAUUGAAAUUUUUCACAUUAUCGAACAUUUCUGUUUGGGGCGUCGUCGAUUACAUAUUUUCGGUCGUGACUCUACCAUUCGCCCUGGUUGGGUAACCAUUGGGCCGGAGUUAACAAACUCGAAUUUCAACAGCGAACUGUACGCUAAUUCGUUCGAGGAAAAUCCCACCACCGGAUGCACGGAGCGAAUUGAAGCGCUUAGACCGAAAAGUCCACCAGCUAACGGUAAAGUUCUCCGAGGUCGCGGCAGAGGGUUUCCUCGUCUCAGGGGUAGAAGCAGAGUGUAGUGAACGCAUUUCGCAGAUGUAACAAGUUUGAUAAACUAUCCCCCUAUAUAAAGGAAGUACAUUCAAUUAUAUUUAUGAGUAACGUAAUAAACAUGAUAUGUUUGUA